AUGGCUGCGGCAAGUCGUUUGCUCGGAAAGAGCAUUUGGCUCGUCAUGCCAAAAGCCACAAUCCGGCCAAUAUGCUUCAAUGUCCAGUUUGCAGUCGGCAUUUCAACCGAAGGUAUUGAUAGUUUACAACGCCAUAUUGUUAAACACGGUGCAGUAUUCAAGCAAAAUCCAUCCGGCAGGAGCAAGCGAGCCUGUCUUGCAUGUCGUGCUGGGAAAACAAAAUGCGAUGGCAAUGACAACUGUGCAAAGUGCCUCAAGCGUGGUAUUGAAUGCAAAUAUGGUGAAGAGGAUAGUCGACGAGACGAAUCUCCUAGCCGAAGUCAGAGGCAAAUCGGUUCACCAAUUCCUACAGAGUCGAUUUCGGCAUCGCGAACUUCUGCUCGAGACACCAUAGAUCAAAUACCAACCACGACACCGAAACCCCUGGAGAUCCCUCCAUCGUUAGCAAAUGGCUGCAGCGGUCUCGUUGAUUGGGCUUCGACCCAAAUUCGACCGGACCCUAAAGUGACCACCGGCAUCGAGGUGGGCAUAGACAGAGACCUGUCGCAGAAGUACUUGGAUGCGUACUUUGAGCACUUCCAUGAUCGAUGGCCUGUUGUACAUCGACCUUCCGUUGAAGAGGAGAUCGACGACACUGAUCUCUGCGAGUUGUCUAUGAGGAUGAUUGGGGGGUGGAUCGUGGGAACUACUGAUUCAAUUCAGUUUGCUCUUGACACGCAUAAUGUCCUUAUGGAUCACAUCAUGUCUCAAUUGUCUCAAGUCACGUCAAAAGAUAGUUUUCAACAAUCACUACCUGCCUGGAUGUGCAUGGCAGCAGUCUUGAACAUUCACGAUCGUGAAGUCUCUCGUGCGAUAAUACUUUGGAACGUCCUAAUGGCUGUCCUUCGACAAGUUGGAUUCUUCAAGUCUGAAACUGCGUGGACGGACGAGAAGAAAGGGUAUUUUAUCCCGCUACGUCAAGUGAGAAUCGGGCAGAGACAGAGGUUAGCUUACAAUUUGUUCAAGAUCAACGCAUAUGUGAGCAUAUUGCGGAAUCUGCCAAUGUCCAUCCAGCCUGAGGAAUUACACUUCUCACUUCCUUCUACGUUUUCAUUAUACAAUUCGAACGGCCUUCACAUCUGGGAAGAACGGCAGGUCGGCGAACCUCCUUAUCGAGCUUCAAAAAGCAUGUAUAGCUUGAUUGCAGACGAUGUUCAGGAGAUCGUUUCAAUACAGGAACAACCGAUGAUCAUUGAGGAUAUCAGUCUCUGUUUAUGCGCACUGCAAUCGGAUAUCUGGAAGCAUCUCCAAAGAGAUAGAUCUCAGACAUGCGAAGUCAAUGAUGUCCUACAAAGAGACUCGUUGCGAAAGCACCUAGAUCGACUCAAGUCUCGCCUAGAUCGAACUAGCGCUCAGAAAGUACUUUUCUCAAAAUCGGAUUUUAGCCACGAAGAGUAUUUACCUUACCGAUACUAUUAUGGCUACGAAGACCACACUCAAGCUGGCUGGCAAGAAAUUGUUGCGGUUCGAGUAAACCGCGUACUAUUCGACACCGUUAUGCUCUCCUUCCUUCUCAGCCUACAUCUGUCUGUCGAUGUCCGAAAAUUAGGUCAACUCGCCAAAGAUCGGCGAUUAAGUACUGUCGAGGAAUUAUCAGAGGCUCAUGGUCGAGCAAGAGAACAGCGCCAUGUUUCGAUGAAAGGCUGGGCUGCCACGCCUGCUGCACGAUGGGCAGUAUGUCAAUCGGUCGAUGUCCUUGUGACUUACCAGAACUUCAAAAACAGAGCAGGGGCGGCGGAAGUCCGCUAUCUUGAUCCAAUUUGCCAUAUUGCACUUUGUGUCAGUGCACUCAUCCUCUGGACAUUCUGCGAGUUCUAUGAUCAUGGUUGCGUUAUGUGUCUUCCUGGAGAAAUGGCAAUUGUCGAGUUGACGAGGUGGAGCAUGACUGGCAAUCAGUUCAAAAAGGACAAAGAGAACUGGCUUGAAAUGGGUGGCAGAUACCCUCGAUCUCGACCUCAAGUCCAAGGCAUCCAACUGUGUCGAUGCAACACAGAGUUCGUGACGGCUCUUUUCCAAGCUUGUCUGCCUGAAGGAUGGGCUAUUGCUGAUUCGAUUGCGCCUGGUAUCUUUAAGGGCAUAGCGUAG